GUGAACAGUCACAUUUUCUAGCAAAAGACAAUAAUAUCCUUAGGUGAUCUUCCCAGAAGAAACCAAAACAAAAACAAAGCUUCCUUCGUCCAGUCCACUACCUAAAAGCUUAGUUGGCUUCCAUGGAUGUUCCUUCUCCGAAACCCCAAAACUCUCUUCCUUUAUAUAUACACAUACAAAAGCCACUCUCAUUUCUACAUCAUCAACUUACAAAACCCAUCUCUCAAAAUUCUCAAUUUCUCUCACUCUAUAGCUCAAAUGGCGACUCCUCAAUCCUCAACCAGACCAACCCACCAAAACCCACAACCCAAUUUCCACGACCUCUUCCCCGCCAUGGCCGGAAAACUCGGAGGAGAAGGUCUAAUCGACGAGCUCUGCAAAGGCUUCGAGCUCCUUAUGGACGGAGACAAAGGAGUCAUCACUUUCGAGAGCUUGCGGCGAAACGCAUCAGCGGUUCUUGGGCUCGGAGAUCUGACGGACGACGAUGUAAGGUGUAUGAUCGACGAAGGGGAUUUCGAUCGAGACGGUGCGUUGAAUCAGAUGGAGUUUUGUGUGCUCAUGUUUAGGCUUAGCCCUGACUUGAUGGAUGCGUCACGCUUUGUCGUUACGGAGGCUAUCGAGGAGGAGUUUGGUGACCGAACACAUAGGCAUUGAUAUCCGUCAGAGACUUUGACAUAAGUUUAACCAAUUCCUUUUAUGUUUUUCUUAUCCGUUCGAUUAUUGUUGCAAUUCGUAUAAAAUUCUUGGAUGUUAUAUAACCGAUAUGGAAAAAAUUCAUUGAGAACAGACAAAAAUACAAGUAUAUAAUUAGAUGCAAAUACAAGCAUAUUGAACCGUAA